GCGCUGUUGUCGUUGGUGUUGGUGCGUAGCUGAGCUGCGGUUGCUACUGAAAUGCCCGAGCCGGCCAAGUCCGCCCCCGCGCCCAAGAAGGGCUCCAAGAAGGCGGUGACCAAGACGCAGAAGAAAGGCGACAAGAAGCGCAAGAAGAGCCGCAAGGAGAGCUACUCCAUCUACGUGUACAAGGUGCUGAAGCAGGUGCACCCCGACACGGGCAUCUCGUCCAAGGCCAUGGGCAUCAUGAACUCCUUCGUCAACGACAUCUUCGAGCGCAUCGCCGGCGAGGCGUCGCGCCUGGCGCACUACAACAAGCGCUCCACCAUCACGUCGCGGGAGAUCCAGACGGCCGUGCGGCUGCUGCUGCCCGGCGAGCUGGCCAAGCACGCCGUGUCCGAGGGCACCAAGGCUGUCACCAAGUACACCAGCUCCAAGUAGGGCGUCUCGGACCGUCACUCAACCCCAAAGGCUCUUUUAAGAGCCACCCACAUACUCUAUAAAAGAGCUUUCACUCCUUUGCUUUUAUUUAGAUAAGCAUAUGCGUAUUUUAGGAUCGUAUCUUGUUUUCCCUAGAUAUUUGCUGACGACUUCAUUUUACCUGUUAUGCGUGAGUUGCUUUAAUUGUCGGGUGUAGGAGAAGGCACCUUCCCCCUGCC